GUGUUUCAGGCUGGGGGAAGACUUCCUCUGGAGGGAACACCGAGCCUUUGCAGACCAUUUACGUGCACACAAACCUAUCGAACACACUACAGGAUACGGAAAAGGGCCUCUUUCAAAAACGUGUUCUUGAAAUUGCAGAUACCCUGCAGCAUUUCUAUGAUGUGUGCUUAUAUGUCCUUCUUGGCAUGUUGCUGUUACUAAUACUUAGUUCCAACUUUAGAGUUUGGAGGACCAUGACUUGAAGUUGGCAGUUAAAUAAGCAGCAGCGGAGUGACAAAGGAGCAGGGGAAGUGAAGCAGAGCAACAUGGCCGUCUUCAAGCCUGAAAAUGUGGAAGACUUCUAUGAGAUCGGCGAAGUUCUGGGAAGUGGGCAUUUUGCUCAGGUUCGAAAGGUCCGUGAGCGGGCCACCGGGACUUACUGGGCAGGAAAAUUCUUGAAGAUCCGCAAGAACACGUGCAGCCGCCUGGGCCUGGACCGGAGCCGGCUGGAGGAGGAGGUGGACAUCCUGCACGCUAUCCAACACCCCAACAUCAUCACGCUCAAAGAUGUGUUCGAGAGCCGAGCUGAGGUGGUGCUCGUUCUGGAGCUGUGAGUACACGUGUGUGUGUUUCUGUUUGACGCCAACCUUAUGUUAUGUUUGGCACAUGCUUUUGGUAGGUCAGGCCUAAGGAACAGAACUUAGUUACAGCGGCACGGAGACACAAAACAGAAUAUCUCCCACUCUGUCAAGAUCCAUCGGGUAUUGCCACGGCAAAUUCCAAAAUCCACAUGGAUUUGACCUGGUCACUUCAGGUAAAGUCCUGACUUUCAGCUAAUGAACGUCUUCUCGCUAUAUUCAGACGAUACUAAAACGUGUAAAGCAGGAGGAAGACUUCAGCGAUCACCGUCUCCUCUCCCUCUGCUCCUCCUCCUCAUCUCCCCCCCCCCUGAAAUCAUGAGUGGCAGGCUGAUAGGAACAUAUCAGGGUCUGGGACAAGGUGUUUCCUAAGUCUUGGCUCAUAACAUUCAAAUAUUACAGCUGAAUUCAGAUAAUAAUAAAUAGUAUUUGUAAAGCACCUUUCAUUGCCCGAUCCCCCAUUGUGCGGAGUUUGGCCCUGGGGGGACGAAGCAGAUGGUUGGUUAUGGAACGGAGGUUGCGUGUGGAGGUUUGAGAUGUGAGAAGUUCCUUCAGGUAUGGAGGAGCGUUCCCGUGGAUGCACUGAUGGGUGAGUAGUGAGAUCUUGUAUUCGACCCUGAAUGAGACAGGAAGCCAGUGAAUGAAGGACGGGUGUGAUGUGGUUGUACUUUCUCACCCUCAACAGGAUCCUAGCGGCACUGUUCUGUACGUAUUGGAGCUUGUUUUGCCGCGCACAGAGGAAAGUGUCAUGUAUUUUACGCCAUGUGAUCGGCCUUUAUACACCGAUCGAUCGGCCGAGAGUGAAUAUCAGCCGAUCACGAUCGGAGCAUCCCUAAUAAUUGAUGUGGAGAGGGGUAUGUUUUGGAAAAGGUGAUAUGGGUUAUGGGGGAGGACUGGACCUGGUUUGGUGUGCCAACUAAAAUAGCCUCUGUUUUGGAGCUAUUUAGCUACAGGAGGUUUAUCUACUCAGAGAGCAGAUGGAACAUGACCAGCCUUGAGGGAGCUGUUGAUGACGUCGGUGAUCAUGGGACUUACACCAGAGAUGUUGGAUUUGACAAGGGCUGUGGGUAGAAGGUCUAGUG